CGGCCGACGUAGAUCUUUGCACCGCUUGUGACCGGAGAGCGACGCUGCAGCAUCACAGAGCGAUGGCGUCGCGCCGGCUGCUCUGCCUCGUCGCCCUCUGCACCAUCGGGAACGCGCUGCUGGCGCCCACCGUCCACAGGUGCAGCCUCACAAAUUGCCGCGCGAAGAGCGGCGGCUUCGGCGCCACGACGAACAAAGCGCCCUCGAAAAAAACAAAAGCGAAAGCCUUCACGAAGAAGCAGGCCCAGCUCGAGGCCGACCGUAUUGAGAAGGCGCCCGCGCGCUGCCCCUGCCACCCGGGCCUGGAGUAUCAAAAAUGCUGCGCGCCCUGCCAUGCGAAGACGACCACGGCGGCGACGCCCGAAGCGCUACUACGGAGCCGCUACGCGGCGUUCAGCCUGGAAUUGCCGUCGUACCUCGCGGCGACGACGCACCCGCUCCACGACGACUUCGACAAAGAUACGGUGGCCUGGGUGCAGCGCCUCGCCAAGGGCCUCGACGCGUCGUACUUCGAGGGUCUGCGGGUGUUGGCCCAGGAAUCGCUGGGGGAAAAUGAGCACGAGAUCACGUUCGAGGCCGACGUCCGGCCAAAGGACUCGCCCGAGGGCGCCGGCGUCACGCUCCACGAGCGGUCCCGGUUCAUGAGGGAGGACGGCGUCUGGUUUUAUAGAGAGGGCCUCGACGUGUCGAGUAAGAAGAGGUAG